GAGAGGGAGGGGGAGAGAGGGAGACCUACCCUGAAUGGAAAGGCAGAGCGACACAGACUGAGAGCGAGUGGAGGGGGGAGAGAGAGAGAGAGGGAGGGAGGGAGAGAGAGGGAGUCGCCAUUGCUGUCUCUCCGCUGAGAGGGAGGGAGGGCAGCGGGGGAGAGGAGCAGGUUUCGGCUUACAUCGCAUACCUCUCCGGACGACUCUGCAACUCGCCGGACCGCUCGGAACCGCGCGGGACUCCCCCGGCAGCCGAACCCGACGCGGCACCGACCGGGACACCGCGAGGACCGUGGAUGUUAACAGACGGAGUUUGGCUCCCUCUCGCCCGGUGACGCGGGGACGCUUUCUCCUCUCUUCCCGUGGUAUGUGGAUCCGGGAGCGACCAUGUUACGAGGCAGGUGAGAGACGGAGGAGCCGGCAGUUCGAUCCCGUCUCAAAGGAGAGAAGCUGAGAGCGACAGAGGCCCCUGACCCCCACCGAGGGGAACUCGACGCGCCUCCGUGCCACUGAUGAGCAGAACUGGAAUGAUAACUUGACCCUUUUUUUUCCUGGAAGUGACCAAGCCAGCGAUGAGCGGGGGGAUAUAAUGGCCAGGAACAAGGAUGCGCGGCCCCCGUCGUUCGCCGUCAGCGUGGUCGGCCUCUCGGGGACGGAGAAGGAGAAGGGGAACUGCGGCGUUGGCAAGUCCUGCCUGUGCAACCGGUACAUCCGGCCCAAUGCGGACGGCUACUACUCGGAGCACACCUCGGUGCUGAGCACCAUAGACUUUGGGGGGCGUGUCGUCAACAAUGACCACUUCCUGUACUGGGGAGAGGUGUCCCAUCGGGGGGACGACGGGCUGGACUGUAAAAUACAGGUCAUCGAACAGACCGAGUUCAUCGAUGACCAGACUUUUCUUCCUCAUCGGAGCACGAACCUGCAGCCGUACACCAAGCGGGCGGCGGCCACCAAGCUCCAGUCGGCGGAGAAGCUCAUGUACAUCUGCACGGACCAGCUGGGCCUGGAGCAGGACUUCGACCAGAAGCAGAUGCCCGACGGGAAGCUGAGCAUCGACGGCUUCGUGCUCUGCAUCGACGUCAGCAAGGGCUGCAACAGGAAGUUCGACGACCAGAUGAAGUUUGUCAACAGCCUCUAUUCCCACAUCGUCAAGUCGAAGAAGCCCAUCGUGGUCGCCGCCACCAAGUGCGACGAGUGCGUGGACCAGCACCUGAGGGACCUGCACGCCUUCGUCGCCGGCAAGAAGAACCUUCUGCUGAUCGAGACGUCGGCGCGCUCCAACGUCAACGCCGAGGUCUGCUUCAACGCCCUCAUCCAGCAGCUGGACAAGACCAGAGGGAAGCCGAAGACGGUGUCCUACCUGGAGGCCUACAAAGUCCAACGCCAGCUCGUUGCCUCGCUGACGGACAGAUUUGAGAAGCUGAUAGUUCACACCGUGAGGGACUACCACGUCACGUGGAAAGCGGUGAUCAAUAACAUGAAGGGCCAGGCCGACUACGACGACUUCAUCACGUUGGAGGGCUCCCGCAAAGCACUCGCCAUGUUCACCAAGCACAUUGCACAGCUGAAGCAGGAGCACAUCAGGCGGCGGAGGGAAGAGUACCUGACGACGCUGCCCAAAACCCUCAACAACCUCCUCAAUAACCUGGACGAGGUGGAACACCUCUCCUGGCCCGAGGCGCGGAGCGUGAUCCGGAACCGGCCUGAUUUCCAGUACUGGUUCGUGGUUCUGGAGCAGACGCCCUGGGACGAGACGGACCACAUAGCCGUGAGCGACCGCAGGAUACCCUUCGACCUCCUGGACACGCCGGACGGAGAGCGAAUCUACCACAACCACGUCCAGCACUUGCUGUCUGAGAAGAGACGGGUGGAGAUGAAGGAGCGCUUCAAGAAGACGCUGGACAGGGUUCACUUCAUCAGCGCGGGGCAGCCGUGGGAGGAAGUCAUGUGCUUUGUCAUGGAGGACGAGGCCUACAAGUACAUCACGGAAUCAGAUAGGCGGGAUGUUUACUGUAGACACCAGCAGGAAAUAGUCGAAAGGGCCAAGGAGGAUUUUCAGGAAAUGCUCUUUGAACACGCCGAGUUGUUCUACGACUUGGAUCUGAACGCCACCCCCAGCUGUGACAAGAUGAGCGAAAUCCACUGUGUGCUGAAUGAGGAGCCCAGAUACAGAGCCCUGCAGAAGCUUGCCCCAGAUAGAGAGUCUCUGCUUCUCAAACACAUUGGCUUCGUUUACCACCCCACCAAGGAGACGUGCCUGAGUGGGCAGAACUGUGUGGAUCUGAAAGUGGAGCAGGUUCUAGCCAACAGGCUGGUGCAGCUCGACCACGGGCGCUCUAAUCUCUACUAUAACAGCGCCAACGUCGAUAAGAUCAACCUCUGCCUCCUGGGAAGGGAGGGCCUCUCGCAGGAGCUGGCCAAUGAGAUCAGAGCUCAGUCCACAGACGACGAGUACACCCUGGACGGUAAAAUCUACGAGCUGGAGCUGCUCGCCGUGGACGUCAACUCCACGCUGCUCUUCAGCCACACGUGGGUCGCCACCUUCAAGCCACACGGCUGCUUCUGCGUCUUCAACUCCAUCGAGUCCCUCAACUGCAUCGGGGACUGCAUAGGCAGGAUCAGGGCGGAGAUGGCACAGAGCAGGAGGGAGCGCUUCGCUCAGCCGCUGCCCUUCGUCCUCAUCCUGGCCAACCAGAGGGACAGCGUUUGCAAGAACAUCCCCAUCCUGAGGCACCAGGGCCAGCAGCUGGCCAACAAGCUGCAGUGCACCUUCGUGGACGUCCCCCCCGGCGCCUUCCCGCGUAAGUUCACCGAGUUCCAAGUCAAGCAGGGCCUCCGCGCGGCGCUGGACGGGCUGAAGCACAGCUUCGACGUCCUGGCCCCGCUGCCCUCCAUCAAGGACAUGUCGGAGACGGACCUCAGGAUCGUCAUGUGUGCCAUGUGCUGGGACCCUUUCAGCGUGGACCUCAUCCUCUCGCCCUUCCUGGACUCGCACUGCUGCAGCGCGGGUCAACCCGGCCAGAGCAACACGCUGAUCCUGGACAAGAUCAUCGGGGACAGCAGGCGCAGGAUCCAGGUCACCGUCCUCUCCUACCACACCGCCAUCGGCGUCCGCAAGGACGAGCUGGUGCACGGCUACAUCCUGGUCUACUCCGCCAAGCGCAAGGCCUCCAUGGCCACGCUGCGGGCCUUCCUGGCCGAGGUGCAGGACGUGAUCCCCGUGCAGAUGGUGGCCAUCACGGACAGCCAGGCGGACUUCUUUGAGAACGACGCCAUCAAGGAAUUGAUGACGGAGGGGGAGCACAUCGCCACGGAGAUCGCCGCCAAGUUCACGGCGCUCUACUCGUUGUCGCAGUACCACCGGCAGACGGAGGUCUUCACGCCCUUCUUCAACGAAGUGCUGGAGAAGAAGCCGAACAUCGAGAGCUCCUUCCUGUUCGACAGCUCGUCGCGGGAGGGCCCCGCGGGCGCCGGCGAGGACGUGUUUCCCACCUCGCCCCACAGCCACUCGCCCGCCUACCACAACGCCUAUUACCCGGAAUCCGACGACGACAACGAGGCCCCCCCGCCGUACAGCCCCAUCGGCGACGACGUGCAGCUGCUGCCCACGCCCAGCGAGCGGGCCAAGUACCGCAUCGACCUCGAGGGCAACGAGUACCCGGUCCACAGCACGCCGGUCGGGGAGCACGAGCGCAACCACAAGGUGCCGCCGCCCGUCCGCCCCAAGCCGCUGCUCCCCAAGCCCAACGUCAAGAAGCUGGACCCCAACCUGCUCAAAACCAUCGAGGCCGGCAUGCGCAGCAACCGCAGGGCGCCGCGCGGCCCGCAGCACGGCGGCGGCGGCGGCGAGGACCCGGAGGCGUCGGACAACUACGCGGACCCCGUGGACACCCUGCUGAGGUCCAGGGCCUUGCACAGCGACGACAUCUACGCCGUGCCCGACGACGCACACAGCCGCCUGGUCAGAAUCAGGAACUCCUUCGGCGGGCUGCACGGCCCCCACGGGGGCGGGGACGAGGAGAACGGGUUCGACAGGAAGUCUCAGGCGGGGCGGCGGCCGUCCAAAUACAAACAUCGCUCCAAGAUUCUGUUCAGCAAGACCAAAGCCUACCAGAGGCGGUUCCAGUCGGACAGCGAGGGGGAGGAGUCGGGCCCCGCCACGCAGAAGAAGAAAAAGGGAAGAGCCCACCGGGGCAGCGAGGAGGACCCGCUGCUCUCCCCCGCCGACCCCUGGAAGGGCGGCAUAGACAACCCCGCCAUCACCUCGGACCCCGAGCAGGAGGACAAGAAGAUGAAGAAGAAGAAGACGCCCAAGACGCCAAAGGAACCCAAGAAGCCGAAAUCCUCCAAGCCCCCCAAGCCUCUGUACCCCCCCACCCGGAGAACCUGGGAGAGCAACUACUUUGGCGUCCCGCUGCAGAACCUGGUGACGGCGGACCGGCCCAUCCCGCUCUUCAUCGACAAAUGCGUGGACUACAUCGAGCGCACGGGUCUGACGACUGAAGGUCUCUAUCGGGUCAGCGGGAACAAAACGGACCAGGACAACAUCCAGAAGCAGUUUGAUCAAGAUCACUGCAUUGACUUCGUGGCGAUGGACGUGGCGGUGAACGCUGCCGCCGGAGCACUGAAGGCUUUCUUUGCCGACCUCCCCGACCCGCUGAUCCCCUACAGUCUGCACCCCGAGCUGGUGGAGGCCGCAAAAAUCGUGGACUACAUCGAGCGUCUGCGGGUCUUGAAGGAGAUUGUGAAAAAGUUUCCUUCCGUUAACUACCAGGUGUUCAAAUACAUCAUCACACACCUGAACAGGGUGAGCCAGCACAGUAAGAGCACCCUGAUGACGGCGGACAACCUGUCCAUCUGCUUCUGGCCGACGCUGAUGAGGCCCGACUUCGAGAACAAGGACACGCUGUCCACCACCAAGCUCAACCAGGCCGUGGUCGAGUCCUUCAUCGUGCAGAGCGACUACUUCUUCCACGGCGCCGAGGUGGCGGAGGGUGGAGGGGGGGAGGGCGCGCCCCCCCCGGCCCCCCCGCAGCACUGCCACAGCAUGGUGGAGGCGCUGCUGCCGCUGCAGCUGCCCCCCCCGCUGCAGCCGCAGCAGAUCCAGCACCCGCUGCACCACGAGCCGCUCAUCUAGCCCCCACUUGGGGGGGGGGG